UCUCUGAACAGGCCGAGGCGUGGUUACGACAGAAGGGGGUCGGAGUGGGUGGAAGAGGGCGGACAAGGAGAAGGAGCGGGAGGAGGAGGAGAGGGGAGCGGUGGAAAUGGGGGGAUAGUUGCUGGUCGAUGACAUGAAUGAACCAUGUUCGGUAACGGAGGCUCAGCUCUCCCGGUCUGCUUCUUCCUGCCCCUGCUGCUGCUGCUCCUCCCGCUGCUGCCGCUGAACAAAGCCUGGCCCUCCAAGGAGGAGGUCUUUCAGUGGUGGGGGGAGUGGUCCAGUUGGUCCUCUUGUUCGCGGAGCUGUGGAGGAGGAGUGAGGAGUCAGGAAAGACACUGUCUCAUACAGAGGCUGUCGACUACACAGAACAACAUUUCUUUUUGCGUCGGCUCUUCAAAACAGUACCAGCUCUGUCCAGACCAGGUCCCGUCUGUGGGGUCUGUUGUCUUACAGCCCUGCCCCAGUCCUCACGUUAGCUUCAAACAGCACCAGUGUUCCCAGUUUAACUCCAAAGCCUUUGGAAGAAGAUACUACCAGUGGGUUCCUCUCUACCCAGCCGAUUACAUUAGCAUCUCCAAUAAGCCAUGUGACCUACAAUGUACCACCAUCAAUGGAGAGCGUCAGCUUCUGGUACCUGCUCACGAUGGUACAUUCUGCCACGACACAAAAUACCAUGGAGUCUGUAUCGAAGGAAUCUGUCAGCCUGUAGGUUGCGACGGUGAGCUCUUCAGCAGCAGGAGAGUGGACAGAUGUGGAGUAUGCGGAGGCAACGGGGCGUCAUGCCAACGUGUCUCUGGAUCAUACAAGAAGGCACUCACACAGUUAGGUUACGUGUUCAUCACCAACAUCCCAGCUGAAGCCACUGACAUUCAAAUUAUAGAGAGGCACAAGACUGAGAACAUCUUGGCCCUUUCAGAUGAGGCUGGUCACUUCUUCUUCAACGGGAACACCGUGUUUGACAAUCCUCAGAACUUUCACGUGGCAGGGACCGUAUUUAAAUACAGACGUCCCAGCAACGUCUUGUCUGACGGGCUUGAAUACAUCAUAGCACAGGGACCGACGCUGCACGGCCUCAAUGUCAUGUAUUACAACCUGAAUGGAAAACUCCCACACAUCACCUAUGAAUACACCGUGCCCCUCCAGUCUUAUGAUGUCACAGCCGAGGAGGUCCUCUCCAUAAACCCGGACCGCCCCAGCCUUAACUUCACCCACAACGAGCUACGGGAAGAAGACACCAGAGGGGGUGAGGUGAGGCUGUCAAACCACAGCGCGGGGAGCGUGACGUCGCUCUAUAAGUACAGCACUGAGAUGCUGACGGAGGAGCAGUCACAUGACCAGCUGCAGCAAGAAAAGUUCGAGGACAAGGGCGACAAGGAAGACGUUUGGAAAAUCAUCACGCCCACCCCGACGCCACUGGUGGCAAUGUUGGUGCACAGAGCAGCUGAUGUGGCAGGUCGUGUGUUCAGCCACAGUGAUGUGGAAGAAGAGCAGGGACCUCCCGCUCCAUCUGGCUACCGGAGCUCGUCUAACUCCAUCGAACCUCCAGCUGCUGGCGACAACACUGUGCACCUCCCUUUUCCAGGGAGUCAGAGUGUCCUGCCUGAAGAGGAGCCUUAUCUCCUCCUGGAGGAGCUCCAAUACAACCAGACACACUCGCUCACGCAGUCAAACACAUACUCUGUGCAUCACACACUGGUUGAACCACACUCACCAGAAACACCGGCGGACACUCCGACACACGCUGCUGCUGUGGUGAAGGUGCAGCAGGUGUCUGCAGUGGAGGCAGCGAACACAGAAAGCAAUGACUUUGACGUGGGUCUGGACCAGGAUGUCAGUCUGGCUGACAUGUAUCGCUGGAAGGUUUCUGCCUAUGCUCCCUGCAGCUCCACCUGUACUACAGGCAUCACCACUAGUUACGCCCUGUGUGUUCGUUACGAUGGAAGUGAAGUGGACGACAGUUACUGUGACUCUCUGACCAGACCAGAGCCCACACACGAGUUCUGCACUGGAAAAGAAUGUCCUCCCCGGUGGGAGACCAGUGGGUGGAGCGACUGUUCUCGGACCUGCGGUGAGGGUGUUCAGUACCGUACCGUACGCUGCUGGAAGAUGCUGUCGCCAGGUCUGGAUUCCUCUGUCUAUGACUCCCUGUGUCUGUCACAUGACCUGCACAAACCAGCAAACAGAAAGGUGUGUCAUGGUCAGAGCUGUGGACCACAGUGGGAGGUGUCUGAGUGGUCAGAGUGCUCGGCUCGCUGCGGUUCUCGAGGUGUUCGAACCCGAGAGGUUCGCUGCUCCAUCGAGAUGAGACUGUGCAACCAGACGUCAAAACCGGCAGAAAGUCAGGAGUGCGAGGGUCCACCGUGUGACAGACGAUGGACAGUUUCUGACUGGGGUCCUUGUUCAGGUGUGUGCGGCGAGGGGAGGAUGGUACGUGCUGUGACCUGUCGGUCGUCAGGUGGGGUGGUGAUGUCAGAGGAGCAGUGCGACCAAUCGCUCCGUCCAUUAGCCGUCUAUCCCUGUGGUGAUAAAAACUGUGCCCCGCAUUGGGUGGGGCAGGAAUGGCAGCAGUGUAACGCCAGCUGUGGUCGAGGCACCCGGCAGCGUCAGGUGGUUUGCGCGGGUCUGGAAGACGGUGUGUUUAAAGAGUUUCCAGAGAGCAGCUGUGAUCAGAAUAACAAGCCAGAGAUCAGCUCCCCCUGCUUCCAGAGGCCCUGCUCCAAAUGGUUUACCACGUCCUGGUCCCAGUGCAGUAAGUCCUGUGGGAGCGGUGUCCAGGUUCGAGAAGUCAAGUGUUACCAGGGGGAAGAGCUGGUAACCAGGGGCCACAGCUGCGACUCAGCCCUCAAGCCAGAAGCGAGACAGAGCUGUGAGAUCCAGAGCUGUCCAACAGAGGCCACAGCAGUGGCAGCUCCUGCAGCAUCAGUAGCAGUCGACGACGCCUGCCAGGACAAACCCACAGCUAACUGUGCGUUGGUCCUGAAGGUGAAGCUCUGCUCCCACUGGUACUACAGAAAGGCCUGCUGUCAGUCCUGCAAGGCACCGUGACCCUGAAGAGGCCGCUGUGACAUCACCCUUCCAACCACGCCCUCCUCACCAAACAUUGGUACCAACAGUUACACUACAUUCUCUUUGGUGCUACACCAACGCCUGCUGCUAGCAUUCUAUGGCCGAUGGACCAUAAAAUUGACCAUAUAACAGUUGGCCUGUCACUACUGUCAAAGGUCAGUCUGUGGUCAUUGUCUCUUACUGUCUAAAUUAUCAUCUGCUCAUUAAAAUAAUGUUUUUUUUGUUUGU